AUGGAGUUUCCACAUUUGUCCAUAUUUAUAGCACUCAGUCUUGCAGUUGUAGUAUCAACCAAUGCUGCACUACCUCCUGAAUUGUAUUGGAAGUCCAAACUUCCAACAACUCAAAUGCCAAAAGCCAUCAUAGAUCUCCUCAACCCAACUGAUUUGACAGAAGAUAAAAGUACGUCGGUAGCUGUAGGAAAAGGUGGUGUCAAUGUUGAUGCAGGAGAAGGAAAACCUUCAGGUGGGACAGCGGUUAACGUUGGAAAUGGCGGUGUCAAUGUUAACACAGGAAAAGGAAAUGUUUCAGUUGGAAAUAGUUCUCCAUUUCAGUACAAUUAUGCUGCAACUGAAACACAGUUACAUGAUGAACCUAAUGUAGCACUUUUCUUCUUAGAAAAUAAUUUGCAUUAUGGAACGAAGUUGAACUUGCAAUUCACGAAAACAACCUCAAACAGCGAAGCAAAGUUCUUAACUAAAGAAGUUGCUGAUUCAAUCCCAUUUUCAUCAAACAAAGUAGAUAGCAUCCUUAACAAGUUCUCAAUCAAAAAAGGCUCAGACGAAGCUGAAAUUGUGGAGAACACGAUAAAUGAGUGCGAAGAAAACGGUAUCCAAGGUGAAGAAAAGCUUUGUGUUAAAUCAUUGGAAUCUAUGGUUGACUUUACUACUUCCAAACUUGGAAACAAUGUUGAAGCGGUUUCAACAGAAGUGAAAAAAGACAGCAGUGAGUUAGAAGAAUAUGUAAUAGCGAAAGGAGUGAAGAGAUUGGGAGAGAAGAACAAAGCUGUGGUGUGUCACAAAGAGAAUUAUCCAUAUGCAGUUUUCUACUGUCAUAAAACAGACACAACUAAAGUCUACUCGGUGCCAUUGGAAGGUGUUGAUGGAAAUAGAGUUAAAGCUGUUGCUGCUUGUCACACAGAUACAUCACAAUGGAAUCCUAAACAUUUGGCUUUUCAAGUGCUUAAUGUUCAACCUGGAACUGUUCCUGUUUGUCACUUCCUUCCACAGGAUCAUGUUGUUUGGGUUUCCAAGUGA